AUGGGGUAUCCAUUGGUACUUCAAACGACGGUUAACAAAUCUGCGGAACACUUCCAAACAAUGGCUAGCGUUAUAAGCCAUCUCAAAGACAAAGCCCAGAACCCAAAGCAUGAUCUGGCCGGUCAGCUACUCAUGGAAUUGAUCAGCAAUAGAAAAACCAAGCACGAUGUUUCAACAAUCAAAUCCCUUCUCCGAGAGUUCUCAACCCACCGGAUUCGAAUCAGUCGGAUGAGCGCCAACGUCUUGAAGAACCACUUCUCCAAAGCCCAGCAAAUUGAUGCAGGGCUUGAUAAGCUGAUCAACUCGCUGGUCGAAGACAAGCUUACCAUUCCGUCCAAAGAGAUGUUCGACUCCAUAAUCGUGCACCCGAGGGACAUGACCUACGACGAGCUGGAAUGCCACUUGGGCGAGCUGGAAGAGAAGAAGCUCAAUUGUCGAGGCGUUCUCCGUCGACUCCUACAAGUUUGUGUUCGUGAAAAUCGUUUGGAUCGAGCCUUAGAAAUCAAACGGAAAUGUGACGAAGCCAAAGUCGAAUUAAGCUCCGGCAUGCUUGCCUCCGUGUUCGAUCUGCACAUCAAGCGGAAAAACGUGGACGAAGCCGGAAAGACCCUGGAGCAAAUCAAAACCAUGUUCCCGGGCUUCCUGCUCGACGAGCACAAGGUCAUAGACUUUGCUGUCCUAGCCGAAAAAGGUUUCCCCUCCACUGCCCAGAAUGUCCUCAAGCAACGAGCGUCUUCCGGACACAUACGCCCUGGAAAUUCCAACAAGAACAUCUGGAACCUCCUGACGAACACCGCUCAAUGGGCUGCUCAACACGACCCCAAGUCCUCCAAAAACCACACUGGCGAAAUGCUCAACUUCCUCGUCCAACUCGGAUACUGCACCUUCGACAACGCCCUCCUUGGCCCGGUCAUUCGCGAAUACCUCCUGAAAAACCAAAACCACAAACGCCGUCGCGGAGUACAAGCGGAUCGCCACCGAAAAGCGCCGAACUCCGCUCAGUUGGAAAUCUUCACCACCCUGGUUCGCCUCACCAACUCGAACGACCCGGAAAUCACCCCCGAUCAAGCUAAGCCCUCCCUCGCAGAGGUCAUCCAGAUAGGGUCCAAGAUCCACGGGGCCACCAACACCAACAACACGCUGAUAGUGGCCCUGGCCGAGGCCGGAACCGAAGCGCAACUGCGCCGGAUUCUGAUCAAUCCGGAAACGCGCGUCAACCACGAAUACAUCCUGACGCAGUGUGAGUUCCUGGUGAACUCGGGUAAGCUGGACGUGGUGCUCCGCCUGGCCAAAUGCGCCCGGGGACUGGCCAACGUGCGGGAGGCGGACUUCCUCGGGGUCAUCAUGAAGCAGUACGCGAGGGAUAAUAACUGUGAGGCGGCCGUGGCGCUUUUUAACCGGUUGCAGGCCGAGGAGGGGGAGCUUAAGAUUAGCGGGGACUUUGCGAGGAAGCUGAUCGACUUGUUGGAGGUGAAUAACUACGAGGUGCCGAAUGCGGUGCGAUUGUAUGCCAAGUGAGUUAGGGUGG